AUGAGAGUUGUCUCCUUACUUCAGCCCAGAUCUUUACUCCCUGAAAAGGUCAGCAACCCGGCAUUCAAAGCAGCACCCCUCCCGACUGUCAUGGACAGCUUUUUCAAGAAGGCCCAGGAGUUCGCGAGCGCCUCGUUGAAGAAGUCUCAGGAGCUUGCAACCACCGCCGCCGCCCAGUCCCGCGAGCUAGCUACUGAGACCGCGAAACAGACCCGCCUCGCCGCUCAGAGCUCGUACAAGGCCGCAGCAGAGGCCAGCAAGAAGGCCGAGAUCAAGCUCAAGCAGUUGGCGCUCGACUUGAAUGCAAAGGGGGGGCCUGGUCAACCCAGCAAAGAACAAGAGUUGCAAGAGGCGGGGAUCACUGAGGAGCUGAUCGACUUCAUUCGGGGGAUCGACAUCAAGACAUUCCGGCAAUUUCCCUUGGAGGAUGCGUUGUCCGCACAAGCAGCCGCCGGCCUCCAGAAGACUGACAGCGGGAUCAGUGACAACGGCAGCGACUCCCCAUCCGAGAAGACCCCCAAGGAGCAACGGGUGGACGGCAGCGAGUUGACACCGUUUCAGGAGCACCAUGCGACCCUGGUGCUCCAGACAGUGCAGGAAGUUGCGGACUUCCGGUACGUGUUGUGCCCACGGCGAAUGAAGGAGUCCCGCUUCUGGAAGAUCUACUUCACGCUAGUCCACUCACACAUUGCCCCGUACGAGGCGCGCUGGCAGCAGGCCCAAGCCGCCAAGCAGCCGGCAGAGCCGCCAGCGGAAACUGCUGCGAAGGACUCAACGAAGCCCAGCGCAGCAGCCACAACCGCUGCCAGCAUUGCAGAGACCAUGAAGCCGCUACAGGAGUCGUUCCUAGUGGGCAUCCAGGAGGUGCGGGCGGGCUUGACUCAGGCGGGGCGCACGAUCGCCAGCAGCGUGACGUCAUCAUCCCCCAAGCCCGCAGAGAAACCGAAGUCCAAGCCCGCCAACGGCGGCAUCCGCGACCUGGCGGCCGUCAAGGCUGCCGCGGACGCUACCCCUGCCGCGUCCGAAAAGAAGCCGGCCGUCCGCGAGACGACGGGCGCGGUCCAAACCGCCACGGGUACCGAACCGAGCGCUACGAACCCGGACAAGAAAGAGGGACCUCGCGAAACGGACGGGAAGGCGGCUGCCGGGGGGGCGGUUUCGCAGGCGAAAGCCGGGGGGGGAAACGAGAAGGGCGAGGAGACGGACUUGGAUGCGUAUCUGAUGGGCGCCUUGGACGAUGACGUUGACGAUGAUGACGACGGGGAGGGCUUCAACGAAGAGGACUUCGAGAAGCUAGUCAACAGCGGGGGGUUCAUGAAAGACGAGCACAAGGCUGAUAAGGGGAAGGUUGCUUCAUGAUCCGGGUCGAAAGAUCUCGUUGGGUGAAAUUGCUCGAAGGGAAAGGUUUCUGUUUCGAUGAUGGAACUGAAGAACUGUACGGGGGCAGAAACAGAGGGAUUAUAGGAUCUAAAAUCCUCUCGUUCGACUGUAUAUAGUGGUAAGUGGUUUGCCACCCAAGUAUCACGAGCAUAAACAAGUUCAGCGUCUUAUGCAAGUCAAUAUUAGAUCAUUUAGCUGGGUCUUGCAAAGCAGACUCUUGGGAUAUCGAUAGAAACAGCAAUCAUUUCUUCAAAUUCUGGUAAUUCAAACUUUACGAUCUUUUCCUCAGGCGACCACAAUUGUAGUCAGUAGAACCACAAGAUAAGCCACUGCAAAGUCCAUGGCUUGCAGUACGUCGCAACUUGUAUUCUUGUAUGAGUGGGGGCUCAACUCCGAUUUGCACCUUCCUUUGAAUUCUACUAGGCUAUACGGAUUACUCAGCUGGGGAG